UGUGUAUGUGUGUGUUUGCAAGUGGAUGUGUGAAUGAGUGUUACAUUCACUAUACAUAGGUAUUUCUCAGGCGAAGCCAAAUCUCUGAUUUGCGUAGAGUUUAAUUUUGCAGAACAGCCGAAUAUCGCCCCUUACCUUCCUUACCUGUCGCUCUCUUACUUCCUAAUUUCUGUCGUGACUGAGGCCAAUCUAUUCAGCCCUAACGCCCACACAUUAAGCCAUCACAUUCAGUGUUUCUUCUCCUUAACUUACACUCUCUCUCUGCUGUUCUCCCCUUCUCAAUCUCCUCUCUCUUUAAACAUCUGUGUGGCGCUCGGUGCAGGAGCACGCCUUGAGUCUUUUGCACACCCAUCAGGAGGAUGCUCGCUCCAGAUUUGUGCUUUGGCCCUUUAAAAGCAGGCAAAGUUUCCUGGUGAACCAUUUUUCUGGUUGCCAUAGUGAUGAGCGAGGACUUGGAGAGGUGCAGUGGUACUGGGAUGCAGUGACAGCUCUCUUAGCAUGUGAAUUCUCACACUGAGAUAUGGAGAUGCACUGAGGCUCUGAACAGAGACGGCGAUGAGAUCCAGACUUCAAGGUGUGGCUUAUGUAACAGAUGCAGCACACUCAUGUGAUUUCUCCUUGAUCUGAUGAAAUCAAAAGGAAAUGAAAUCUAUCAGGUCUUUUUGCCACUGUCAUCUAUCAAAGCGCCUUCAUAUACAAUUUCAAAUAUUGACAUAUUCAGCAUUAAAAGAACUAUACUACAAUAUUAGUGCUAUAUUGUAAUUGUGUUAGAGGACCUUCAAAUGUGCGAUGGAAAUAGAAAUGCUGCUGCUCUGUAACUGCAUGUGUGUGAGAUUUGUAGGAAGGAGUGUGGGUGUCAGUAGCCUUCAUUUCUGUUCCACAUUCAUGUGUGUGAGGUGAAUUUUUGUAUUGCCUGAGGAAAGAGUGGAGUUAUCAGAGGCAUGCAGCCUUUCCUAUACUUCCUGAAAAAACAUCCCGAGGAGCCUCAGCCCAAAUUCAGCCAGGAAGAAGGGCAGGAAGUUGGGCCGAGAUCAUGGGAAGUAAAUUACAAAGCCAGAAGGGCUUCGUAUGAAAACAGGUCCAGUGGAAGUUUCUGGAAAAUGUAACAGUGCUGGAUUAAAGAAAAGAUAGUGCUGCUUCGGAUUUGCGUGUGUGUUUGUGUGUGUAAGAAGGAAUAUGUGGGUGUUGAUUCUGUAUGUAAAAUUGAUGGGAUUAUGAAGGCUUUUUUAUUUCUUCAUUCAGACUGGCAUAAUUUUUCGGUCUGACCACAACAUGCUUUGAUAAACGCAUUAUCCAGCACCAUGCAUAAAUAAAAAUCUCUUAUUUAUUCAAUCAAAGGAUCAUAUACUCUCUUGUUGCUACAUUUUAUCCAUCUUAAAUUUACAGUGGCACUUGAACAGGCUGUAUUAAGUGACAUUAGGAAUGACAAAUGAUGUUGAUUACAACCAGAAUGAUUUAUUGAAGCGUAUCCUCACUUGAGGUGUAUAUAGAAACGUUGGUGAUUGGUUGAGAUCCUGAACCCAGGCUACUUAUUGGUGCUCUAACAAUGCUUUUGGUUGGUUGAGAUGGUUUGAGAUGAUCAGGAGACCUUCCUGCUGUAAUUUCCUCUCGGUUUUCCUGCUUGGGAAUAUUCAGCAUCAGGGUUGAGCUUGAAAUCUCAGACCUCGGAGGGAGUGCCGGCACAUUUGGCCCUGCUGUUUUACAAAAACAAAGUGCGCAUUGUGGAAUACUGGCAGAAAACCAUUGGAAUAAAGACAGAAAAAAAGUUUGAAAUACCUGCGAAUGUACAGGAACCUCACAUGGGAAGUCCAGGUCAAAGGGUUGUGAGGCCGGCGUGUUGAGCAGAACGCACACACACUCACACACACACACACUCUCCCGGAGCAUGCCUAUCAGUCCACCUGCCGACGGCAAACAUGAGGCUCUCGACCGGCCGCGGCAACAACACACUCCUACCAACGGUAAUCACGGGGAUGACAGCAUUCGGACCUCUCCUGGGACUAAAUCUAGCUCCGACCCUAUGGAGGAUCUCCACGGAAAUGCAGUUGUCAUCCGCAUCGGAAUCCCUGAUCUGCAGCAAACGAAAUGCCUGCGAUUGGACCUUGAGGCUCCAGUGUGGGUUUGUAAGCAGCGAGUUCUGGUCACUCUGACACAAAGCCUGACUGAUGUGCUUAACUAUGGCCUCUACCUCCCUGCCUUUAACGGGCGCGCCGGAAAGUUCCUUGAUGAGGAGAGAUUGCUCAGGGAGUAUCCGUUCCCUACGGUCACACCUGUACCGUACCUAGAGUUCCGUUACAAGAGGCGGGUUUACACUCAGAGCUAUGUAGAUGACAAGCAACUGGCCAAACUACACACCAAGGCCAAUCUGAAGAAGUUUAUGGAGUAUGUUCAACAAAGGUGUGUGGACAAGGUCUGCAGGUUCCUGGAGAAAGGGCUGGACCCCAACUUUCAUGAUGCUGAUAGUGGGGAAUCUCCUCUCACUCUCGUGGCCCAGCUGGACACUUGUGCCGAUCUGAUUAAGGUGUUAAGGAGCGGAGGAGCCCAUCUGGACUUCAGAACCAGAGACGGCCUCACGGCGCUGCACAAAGCGGUCCAAACGCACAACCAUGUAGCAUUGACUACAUUGUUGGAUCUGGGGGCGUCUCCGGACUAUAAAGACAGCCGUGGGCUCACCCCCCUCUAUCACAGUGCCAUGGUUGGGGGAGAUCCAUACUGCUGCGAGCUGCUGCUGUACGAUCACGCCCAGCUGGGCUACAGUGAUGAGAACGGCUGGCAGGAGAUCCAUCAGGCUUGUCGUCAUGGAAACGUGCAGCACCUUGAGCACCUGUUAUUCUAUGGAGCGGAGAUGAGCGCUCAGAAUGCCUCAGGAAACACAGCACUACACCUGUGUGCCCUCUACAACCAGGAAGGCUGUGCUAGAGUUCUCCUGUUUCGAGGAGCAAAUAAAGAAAUCAAGAACUACAACAACCAAACAGCAUUUCAGGUUGCUAUCAUCGCAGGGAACUUUGACCUGGCAGAAAUCAUCAAGAUUCAUAAAACCUCAGAUGUUGUGCCUUUCAGGGAGACCCCUUCUUAUUCGUCUCGGAGGCGUGCGGUCUGCGUAUCACCACGUCGCUCUCUGCUGCGAUCGGCCAGUGAUAAUGCUCUAGAUGAGAGUCUGCCAGCUCCCUCUCCGGCCCCCUCACUUCGCAGCCUGCCCCCGCUGGAGCCCGACGAAACCACCUCGUCCCAGCGCAGCCCCCAGGCUGCUCACACUCACACACGUAGCCUCAGGAGACACACCCGCUCAGGAGGACACCUCAGCCCUGGCAGUCCUGUACAGAGAGAUCCGAGUCCUCCUGCCGUGUCUCGAGGGCCCAAGCGACGGCUGUACAGUGCGGUGCCCGGCCGAACCUUCAUCGCUGUCAGCUCCCACACUCCACAGGGCGAGGGUGAGAUCACACUCAACCGAGGAGAGAGGGUCAAAGUGCUAAGCAUAGGUGAAGGUGGAUUCUGGGAAGGCUCAGUUAAAGGACGAACUGGCUGGUUUCCUGCCCACUGUGUAGAGGAAGUCCAGAUGAGACAAUAUGACCCACGACUUGAGACAAGAGAGGAUCGCACCAAGAGACUUUUCAGGCACUACACUGUUGGCUCCUACGACAACUAUACCUCUUACAGUGAUUAUGUUAUAGAAGAAAAAAGUGCAACGUUGCAGAAGAGAGACAGCGAAGGAUUCGGCUUUGUGCUUCGGGGAGCUAAAGCUGAGACACCCAUAGAAGAGUUCACACCUACUCCUGCUUUUCCUGCCCUACAAUAUCUGGAGUCUGUGGAUCUGGAAGGGGUGGCGUGGAGGGCAGGGUUAAGGACUGGAGAUUUCCUCAUAGAGGUAAAUGGGGUGAGCGUAGUCAAGGUGGGACAUAGGCAGGUGGUAUCACUGAUUCGGCAAGGUGGAAGUCGGCUAGUAAUGAAGGUGGUGUCUGUCACACGCAAACCUGACACUGGAGACGUCAUCCGCAAGAAAGCCCCACCACCUCCCAAAAGAGACCCAAGCACCAGCCUGACCCUGCGCUCAAAAAGCAUGACUGCAGAACUGGAGGAGCUGGCGUCAAGGAGAAGGAGGGGAGAGAAGUUGGAUGAAAUGUUGAGUUCGCCCAAAGAACCGGUUGUAGUGAUGAGGCCACGUCCUGCGGAUUCAGACUCCAGAGCAGCCACUGUGAAACAGAGACCAACAAGUCGCCGCAUCACACAGGCUGAGAUCAAUUCUCUGUUAGAGAGGCAGGGUUUGCCAAUAAGUUCCCUGGCUGUGGACAAAAGUCACAUGCAGCUGCCUCGGGGAAUGUCAAGAACCAAGUCAUUUGGUGCUCCUGAAGAUGAAAGAAUUUCAGCCUUGAUUGGAGAGCAUCGCUUUCCGAGAAGCUCCUCGAUGACUGACAGCUUUAGACAAGAUAGUAUUCCGCCCCCUCCACAGACAGCUCCUCCACCACCUCCAACUCCCUACUUCCUAGAUUCUGGGCCACCACCGUCCUUUCAUCCACCUCCGCCCCCUUCUCGCGCUGCCAACCAGAGCCGUUCAAGCUUCCGCCCAGGGGCGGAGCCCAAACUCCAUGGCCCAGUCAUGACAGACCGCCAGCGAAAAACACGCUCCAUGAUCAUUCUUCAGGACACCACCCAUUUGCCAGUUGAGCCUGCCCCUAUUGCAAGACCACAAACGCCUACCUCUGGAGUGGUUCCACCUGAACGUGGCCGUAGACGUGGACCACCUGUGGAGAAUCCGUAUGCUAACGUAGGUCGUCUAAGUGCAGUCUAUACUCCUACCAAGCCCCAGCGUAGAAAGAGCCAAUUAGUCAAACAAGGACCAGUUGAGGAGGGAGCUGCUACAACUAGUAGAGACCCCUCUCCUUUGGGAGGGUCACGGAUUCCCCACAGUAGCCGAGCAGAGCAGUUCCAACAGCAAGUUCUCUCUGAGAGAGCUAGAAUUACACCUCCAGGUGCCCGACGCAGACCCAGCGUUUUCCUAUCUGUAGAAGGAGGCACGACUGAGCCGCAAACAACCCCAUUACUUUCUCAGUCCCACUCAGUGGAUGAGUUGGCCGAGCUGCCUCCACCUGCACCAAUGCUUUCCCCUGGCCCACCACCAGGGGGCAGCACUUUUAUACACCCUCUAACAGGUCGACCACUGGAUCCUUCCUCACCACUAGCACUUGCACUGGCUGCACGAGAACGUGCCCUUAGUGGCCGGAAUACACCCACUCCUACGCCUUCGCCCACACCUUCGCCCACUCAAGGUCGAGCAGUUGAAAGGCCAGAGACAGAAGGAGGAGCGACACCACCUGCUCCUCUUGAGGGUCCUCCAUCAAAUUCCUGGAGAGACGAACCGGUCAGCAUCACAGAAACGGCAAGCCAAGUGACUAGCGGUAGCCCUGGGUCUGGACGAAGCCUGGAAGAGGUACUUCCACCAAACGUGCAAGGUGUCCAACCUGCACUGUUGGAUACAGAACAUACCCCACCGACAGUCCCACCCACUCUACCUUCCCCUGCCCCUACCCUCUCAAAUCUGACUGCUCGAAGUCUGACUAUGAGUUCUGAGGAGGAUGCGGAGCCUUACACAGUGACACUUCCCCCUGCAUUGCUCUCGUCCAGUGAUGAGGAAACCAGAGAGGAGCUUCGGAAGAUAGGCCUCGUGCCGCCCCCUCAACCCUUCUCUAAUGGCCUUCUAAUUAAAGAAACACCCAAAGCCACUCUAAGCAUUUCACCUAGUGGAUCACGGCCAUCCAUUGCAAAGACCUCCUCUGGGAAAGCAAGUGAUUCUACGGCAGACUCUGGUGUUGAAGACCCACAUAUGGAGACCACCAGUACGGUUUCCACAGUCUCCAGCAUGUCCACUUUGUCUUCGGAGAGCACAGACUCCGCUCAUGCUAGUAAACCACGUUCUGGGGUGGGGCGUGGUCGCCCCGCCCAUCUCAGGGACCCACUGCUUAAACAGUCAUCAGACAGUGAGCUGCUUCCACACCCACCCAGCACAGGCCCCAGCCGUCCACGCUACCUAUUCCAAAGACGUUCCAAACUCUGGGGGGAGGAGCCCCGGGGCCAGAUGGGUGGGUCUGAUGAAAGUCGGCCUGCUGCAAUGGGGGCAGAGUUGCUAAGCAAAGACAGUCAUUCACUGGGGGAGGAGCCACCGAUGGGAGCACCUCUUGACCCUGGCAGGAGAUCACCUGUGGGAGGUGCCAGAUGUGAGGAGAAUGGAGAAGAGAGUAAAUCACUCUUUAGUAGUUUAGGGGAGCUUCACACCAUCUCUCAGCGGAGUUACGGCACCACCUUCACAAUCCGUCCUGGCAGCCGAUACCCAGUGUCCCGUAGGACUCCAAGCCCUGGAGCCACACCAGAACGGAGUGAACAGCUGGGGCCUGUCCGUACAUUCAGCCCUCAUCACCAUCAUCACACAAUCCUCAAGUCUUCUAGCCUAAGUUUGCCCCAGGAGCCCAAAGAGGUGCGUUUCGUCAUGAGGAGCGCUAGUGCUCGAGCCCGCAGCCGUUCUCCAUCCCCCUCUCCGUGCGCCUCCCCCUGCCCUUCACCUGUACUGGGAGCCCCACUCCUGGCCCUGCGGCCAUUCAGGCAGCGCCCCCUAGCACUGUGGAGUAAGUAUGACGUGGGAGAGUGGCUAGAGAGUGUGGGACUAGGAGAACAUCGUGCCCGUUUUUUGGAGCAUGAGAUUGAAGGCGCCCACCUGCCUGCACUGACCAAGGAUGAUCUGGCAGAAUUAGGGGUGACGCGGGUGGGACACCGAAUGAACAUCGAACGUGCACUGAAGCAGCUGCUGGAGAGUUGAGGAGAGCCAAAAUGUAGGAUGUAGUCCCAUCACAAAAUAAAUUUUUACACUUAAAAUUUCAAGUUAUUCUGAAGUCUAAGACCAUAGAUUCCAACUCAUUUUUUUUAGCAUUGCUCAGCCCUUAUAUAAUAUAGAUUUUACCCAAACACCAACGAUUUAACUCCCACAAAACCCACCAUGUUUCUUUACUAGUUUGCCACCUACUAAGAGUAAAAAUAUCAUGCUGGACAGGAGUGUGGACCUACUGUGCAAUAUCUACUAUUUACAGCUACAGGUCUAAGAAAAUCUAACUGGCCAUGUUUUUAACUGGGUCUUCUGCACAAUAACAAAUGAUAUAGCCAGCAAGCAGCCAUUUCCUUCAUUCGCCAUGUUUUACAAUCAAAUGAUGAUGAAGGUGUGGCAAUCGUACAGACUGAGAAUAUCUUCACCAUCUGGAUUUGUGUGCAUUUCCUGCUUCCAGGAGAGAGACUUCUGAAUUUUAGAAAGCAGAAUCCACUUGAAUGCAAAGGGAAAGGAAAGAGCAGAAACGUCUCCUGUAAACAAUGCCAAUGCUUCCAAGUGCCCGGUAUUUACAGUAUGUUCAUGGACCAUCUUGCAACUCAAUAGUAGAUAGCCAUGUUAAUGGUGAUUAUAAGAUGCGUUGCAGUAACUGGACUUGGCAUGUGACUGCAACAUGUCCAAGUAAGAAAGGAUCUGACAAUCUGCCCUAAACCAGGAGAAUAAAACUUCUCCCAAUACAAUACAAGUGUGGCCUUGAGGUAAUACUGCCGCCAUCUAAAAUUUGUUAAAGAUAGAUAUUUUCAGUCACUACAUUCAGUUUUAUAUGUAUAUGAUAUAUAUGGAGUUAUAUAUUAAAAAAAAAAGAAUGUAUGAGAGUAAGGUGAGAUAUACUUGUCUUAUGCCCUGUGAGAUUGUGUCAUAUUUGGUCUUACUUUAUAUUUGUUAUUUUAUUUGUCAACUAUCAACCAAUACCCUAACAUGAACACAGUUACUCUUUUUUCCCCAUGGUAUAAAUUGUGAUUUGUGAGUUAUAAACACAUAAUCUUUAGACUAGUUCAUGGUCAUUUAUUUAAGAAUUUCAUAAUUACGGACGGACCUUUUUUGUCUAUUAUAAAUAAAUCCUCAUUAGGACUGUAUGUAGAAUAACUGUCUCGUUUAAACAGAUGAUUUGAAAUGCUAUGGGCUGUAGGAAUAUAUUUGUUACCUUUUGUAAUAGAUAACUCAGCAUCAGUUGAUCAUUUCAUGCUGAUCAGUUUGUGAAUUCAAGACGUAACAAUGUUUCUUUGCCAUGAUUUGGUUAUGUAUUGUGCAAUUACUCAUUUAGGAUUUAAGUCCUAUCAAGUCUUUCAGUUUAGAACAAUAUGAGCAAAAUUUGCUACCUAAGGGCUUUUAACAUAAAUAAAUUAAAUUGUUAUUAAACAUGUUUAAUGCAAACUGCUAAACUGGUGAAUUUGUAUGAUCCCCAGUUAUAGGCAAGUCUACAACUAAAAGUAAUAAUGUGACACUGGCAAAAACAAAGAUUGUGUUUAUGGGCCUUAAAAAGCAGUGUCUCCCUGACCAUAAUGACCUUGGAACAUUUUCUGUUCCUAUUAAAAGUGUGAAAUUGUCUUCUAGUACAACCAAAUUACUAAAAGUAAUCUGAUUACAAGUAUAUCUACUGUGAAUAUAGUUAUUUUUCUCAAUUUCUCAUUUUAAAAUCCCCAAGAUUUUCAUAUAAUCAAGCAAAUGUUGAGAUUAUAUUGUGUCAAAAAUUAUCUGGUAACUAGCUUGACUGGUUUGUUGUGUUUGGUAAGCUGGAACAGUAGGUGUUGCUGUGGUUUAUACACUUAACUAACAGUUUAACUUUGCCAACUGAGGAGAAAAAUCCUCACACUUGUUUCCUCCGGUUGGUCAAUUUGCACAAAGAUGUGGGUGCUACUGUUUAUAAGCCAUCUGCAUAAAAUAUUACUGUACUUCCCUCAUCUGUCCCUGUCCUUCUCCUUCUCUUCCGAUCCUCACACAUUUACACUCUCAAACACAAUUUAAUUAAUUAAUUACUGGCGUAAGAGAAGGGUGGCAGCCAUGUUCUUUUAGUUUACCACUUUUAGGAGCCCUUUCUUCUGUUGUUGACUUUUUUUGUAUUCUUUGUUGGAUGAAGUGAUGAGGAUCAAGCUUUUGGACGUUUGCUUUAAAAUGAGAAAAUGUACACAAAAAUAUAAUUUGACUUGUCUGUUAUUAAAGAUCAUCUCUCAG